UGUCUGUCAAAGAAAUUCCUUUUCUCAGACGGCAAUAGAGCUUUUAUGUUGGAAAGCACCACCGGAAGUGCUCGCUCCUCAUUGGCUUGACACCGGUCCGCCGCACCCACUGGAAGCUGGCGGCUGCCUGGGAACCCGGAGCAUCCCUGACUUGUAACCCACCGACCCCAGUGAACACAAAGACGCCACGCCAGAGCCUCGUGGGGCACAGCCGAGCAGACAUGGGAUGCAGGCGGGCUGGGAUCGGUCAUGCAUCGCUGAGUUAGCUGACUGGGGCUAUUUUUAAAAAAUUUAAAAUUCAACAUCCACCGCACCAUGGCUAAACAGUACGAUGUCCUCUUCCGACUCCUGCUCCUCGGGGAUUCGGGGGUCGGGAAAACAUGCUUGCUGUGCAGAUUCACGGACAACGAGUUCCACCCGUCUCACAUCUCCACCAUCGGCGUCGACUUCAAAAUGAAGACACUGGUUAUAGAUGGUAUCAAAGUACGGACACAGAUAUGGGACACCGCGGGCCAGGAGAGGUACCAGACCAUCACUAAGCAGUACUACAGGCGAGCACAGGGAAUCUUCCUGGUGUACGAUAUCACGAGUGAGCGAUCCUUCCAGCACAUCAUGAAAUGGGCCAGUGACGUGGACGAGUACGCUCCCGACAGGGUCCAGAAGAUCCUCGUGGGGAACAAGUCGGACGAGGUGGACAAACGGCAGGUGGCCACGGAGCAAGGUGUCAAGUUGGCCAAGGCCUAUGGAAUGGACUUCUUCGAGACAAGUGCCUUCACCAACCAUAAUAUAACAGAGGCUUUCACGAGAUUGUCGGAACAGGUGCUGGCGGCCAACAAGAAGGACCUGGACCUUCUCCGGAUGUCCAGUAACGACGAGCUGGAUCUCACCGCUCUGGAGGAGGAGGAGGGACUCUGUGACGGCGCGGCGGACGACCAGCGCAAAGGCUGCUGGUGUUAGAGCGACCGCGCGGCCACACACUGUGGACCACUCUUGGAAAAAUGUGUCUCCUUUCUGUAGCAAGGCCGAGAUAAACGCAGCCCACGAAGUACGUAGGUUCCACAGAGCAAUGCCAACAGAAAAAGGAAAAAAAAAGAAAUCAAUUUGCGAGCAGUUUCAAGGGCAAACAUUUUUUUCCACAAAGUGCCAAGUGUGUGGUGAAUUGACCGGCCGAAGGUCCAAGGUUUUUUCCCCUCAGUGGCUCAGAACGUUCAUUGUCCACAGCACUAGAUUCCGCCCGCUUCACGUUGCCCGUGACGUGACCAAAUACAAUCCCUCUGCAAAUUCAGCAAUUAACGUGCAGUUAGAAAAAAAUGAUAAUACUGGUACUGAAAAGUAGAUUGUCUCUUCUUUGCAGAUUUUACACAGCAGCACGGAUGUAGGGGGGACAGGGAAUGACUUGGAACUGUCCGCCGCUGACCUGAAAAUUGUUCACAACGCCGUGUUUGAUAUGCCUUGCGAAUCAACUGUGUGAUCGGUUACAUUGGGCCUUCCUCCAGCCCUUGAAUGCAGUAGAUGUGGUGUAGGACAUUUCCACAAGAGGGUGCUACAUUACCUGCGGAAGAGAGUGGCUCAAAGUUUUCAUUUCUCAUCAUGUGUCUGAUUUUGGUUGUGUACUUGCAAUUAUGGAGCGAAAAAUGAUUCCUAAUAUAUGCAGCCAUUUUAUGGUUUUGCUCUGAUAUUUCCACGCACAGGAAGUUUUUACAGCUUGUAAUGUUUUUCAUCUGAUGUUCCCCUUAGGGUGAUGAGAUGGAAGGAAAACCUUGUGAGCAAAAAUUCUUCAAUUUCCCUGUAGCAAAAUAUGAGUUUUUAAUUUUUUUUUAUUUUGGUUAUAUCUCAGAAAAAUCCUAUCGUUGGAUGGUUUGAUAACUGCCCAUUGCUGCAUUGUACAUACCAGGUUUUUUCCACAGCAUUGUAGAUUGAUACAAAGAUGAGGAUACACGAUUAAUUUAAAGUAUUUUCAUUAGAGGGCUGUAUAGAAAAGAGUCCACAGUGAUAUAUUCUAGAUGGUAUGAAAUAUUCCCUCUGUGAAUAUGAUAAUGUCUUGGUCAUUCUGUCCUCACUGUUUUGUACAGUCCAGUGGAGAUUUCCAUUUCUUUUUCUUCGCCUCUUAGAUUAAACAAGGGACAAGUGAGAGUUUUGCAUGCGACUCACUCUUCUUUCCUUUCUUUUAUCGCAACUUCAGUGAAGUUAAUAAUCAGCUGACCGUAAUACAAGUAUAGCAGUUGGCCAGAGUUGCCCGAUGGAGACUUUGGCCCUUUCUUCUUUUACUUUGGCAACUAAAUGCAACUCCAAACAACUGUUGACGUGCGAAAUGACAGCGCGUCGUACUGAAUGAGGCUGGAUGCACAAUGAACCUGUGUCGUUUUCAAGAACUCUUUCCCCUCCUCUCUUUUAGACUACUUUUAAUUGUAUUUGUGGAGAUAUAUUACAUGCAACAUGUAAAAUGCAACAUGUUAUUCCUGGAGAGAAGAUGUCAGAUGUUUAUGAGUAAAUAAUUGCACAUGUGA